GUUGACAACCAGUCAAAUCUCAACAAAACCCAGGGACGGUGAGGAAGAGAAACACAACACCGCAUCAUCAUGAGAGGUUUUCUCAUCGCUUUUGCCGUUGCCAUGGUGACCAUCCAAUCGGCUGCUGCUGGUCGCAAGAAGAAGUUCUGCGCAGCCGGAUGCAUUACAAAGAUUGAAGCUUUGAGCAAAAGAAUCACCGCCUUAGAGGAGCAAGACCAGUGGCAGAUGUUGUUGAGAGUUUCAAAGGGAGAUGGUGGCAACGUAGUCGACAAAUGGGAAGGUGACCAUGCCUACAACGAGGACAAAGCUGCAGAUGCCCAAGAUCUCAGCAAGACCUUCGACGGGAUCUACAAAUCCGCCAUGGUCGAGAAAUGGGGCAGCCUCAACAUCCAGGAGGUCAAGGUCGCUGUCUACAACAAAGGUGAAGAGAAGGCUUACUUCAUCUUUGACGGACGCAAAACAACGAAGAUGAACUUUUUCGACAAGGCCAAGCUGUUGGCUUCCACUUACCCAAAUCUGUCAUCAGAGCCCAGCAACUUUUUCUCCAUAAAAGGACAUGUCGGCUACAAUCGCCACUUCUACAUGAGCCGGAGUUACGGCGGCUGUCCAAACGACCAAGCCUGGUUUGUCCUGGUAGAUGAUGGUAACGUAGCGUGUGACUGGUCCAACAAAGAGGCCAAGCCUUACUUCUUGUACAGCCCAACAGAUACCUACGUUAAACUUGAGACUGAAGCCCUCAUUGCCGAUACCUUCGCCAUUUUCAUCAGAACCAGACCGUUGAUGUAAGAGAAAUGUCCUGGCAGGGUCAGCAACUUUACGCCAGUAUGAACCUGUAGGCAUUACAGCAAACAGUAAGCAGGAUCUCAACCGAGAAUUAACAGCUUCACAUGGCACAACAUGCAUGUGGGUCUUUCUUAAUUACUAUAUUUUUUCGGCUGUAUAACUAACGAAUAUAAACUAAAAUUCUGAUUAAACCUGAAUGUAUUCGGAAUAAAGUUAUACUGA